AUGAGCUUCUCUCCAGCUUAAGUAUAAUUUCCUAGCAUCAGCAGAUACACUAAAUAUGACACAAGCCUCUUGCAUUCUAACUAAAAAUUUCUUAAUGUCUAGCAAAAAAAUGUAGCCUAUAACUAAAUAGAUCCACAAAUAGACUCCUAUUCCAAGUUAAGACAGGCUACCUAUGAUAAUCGCAAUAAAUCUUAAAUCCAGUAUAUGACUUUGAGUGCUGACUUUAAUAACUCUAAUUUGAACAAAGCUAGUGCCAUUAUUUAAAAUAACCCAAAUUUACAAUCAAUAGAUAGCAUAUCUCAGAGCUACAACAAUAUCAGUCAAGGGAAAGUAUCCAAGUUCUUGAGAAAGUAGGACCAUCACAGUCACUUUAGAAUGAAAAAUCAAUUUAGGACAAGCAAUGAAGUUGCAUCAAAUCACUUGAAUAAUAAGUCUGUGGUUAUGAUGACAUAUGGAAACUAGGUUUCUACAGAAAAUACAAUUGAUCAAGCCAAUUAGACUCAUGAUUAUAACAUGAUGUAGGGAUAUGAGGACGAAUUGGAUUCAGUUGCACUAAGCAACAUUAAUAAAUCCUUUAACAAAAUUUUUACCUAAAAAGAGACUGUAUUGCAAGUAUCUGAAAAACACAUUUAAGAUUAUGUUCAAAAAAGAGCAGAGCUAUUUUUGAAUAAAAUGACCAAGAGGUUUCUAGUUAAGAAGAAUAGAUUCGCUCAUCUGAUGCAACCUCCCAAAGUAUAACUCACAGAGAAGCAAGUUCUCAAUGAGCUGAGCAUGAUGAGUAGGAACUCAGGUAAGAAUAACCAACAAUCAAAUUAAAGGCACUCCUCUCUGUUCCAGAAUCAGAAAAAUUUAAAUCAUAGUAUUGACAGUAUUAAGGAAACAAACGUUUAAAGCGAAUAGUCUCCUGUUAAUAACGAUUAAAAUGUCUAGACAUCUCUCUAAAGAUCCAUCACUUUCUAUAACAGAUAAGAGAUGGCAUAGCAAAGGUAUUAGGAUUUCAAGCUAAAGGUAAAGGAGGACUUAAUGAAGGAUAGCGUAGAAAACGGUUACGGAAGUAAAGAGGAUUAGGAGGAUAUAGAUAAACCUCUUUUCGAAAAUCAAACUUAAGAUAAGGUGGAGUUUAAGAGAUUUAUCAGACUUCAAAAGGAAGGGCUAGUCAAUAUAAGAGAAAUAGUCGCUAAAAAUGCUGAAAGAAGAACUGUAGAGGAGAAAAAUCAUCUGCUAUGCUUCUUAAAGUUUAGAGUUCCGUUCUUUGAGAACUAUGAGAAGGAUUUGAUCUUCUUGAUGGUUGAAAGACUUGAGCCUAAACACUUCAAGCCUAAAGAUAUAAGCGAAGUUGGAAUAUAUGUUAACGAGGAGGAAACUUGUGUAGCUGUUCUUAAAGAUAGCAAAGUCUUUGGUGAACGAGCCUUGGAAAAUGAUGACAAAAGAGGGGCAACUAUUAUAGCACAUUAUCCAACUUUGUGCUUAGUGCUUUACAAAAAAGACUACAAAGAGAUCAUUUAUGACUGGUCCUACAUCAAGUUGUUAGACCUGAAUAAUUUUCUCAAUGAAUAGAAAUACUAGCCUAACGAGAUUAUUUAUGAGAUUGGUUCUGAUCCAGAGGUAUUUUACAUAAUAAGAAGCGGGAAAGUUAUCCUUGAGACAAUCAUUGAAAUUGAAGACUUCCAUAAAUACCCAAUUGUAAUUAAUAUUCUUAUACUCAUGAAUCAAUAGGCAAAUAAAGAGUGGGAGAUUUUGAAGACGAAAAAGAGACUGCUUUAUAGAAUGAAAGAGUUGAAGAACGGAGAGAUAUUUGGGCAUGAUGAGCUACUACUGGAUAUAAAGAGGAGAUGCAGAGUUAGAGCUACUACAGUUUGCGAGAUUAUCUACAUCAACAAAGAAGAAUUCUUCUAAGCAUUCCCGAAAAAUGAAAUUAUAAAAAUGCGAUAAGAGACCAAAGACUUAGACCUGAACUAUUUAGUCGAAAAGAUCACAAGACAAUACGCUAACAAGAAAACUCUGAGACUUAUCAGACUUUAUCCUUGGCUAGAGAAGGCAAGGUCUAAUAAAACUAAAUCAGAGAAAAUCUUAAAGGAGUUGGCCAAGGUGAAGUUGCUUUAGACGUUUUAGGAGAAGGUCAGGAUAACUGAUGAGAACUAUGAGGACAUGAAGCUGUAUGAGAAGAGAAUAGCCAGAUUUGUGGAUAAGGAUAGUCUUGAUGGAAUUUAGUAAGAGGAGGUUAUCAGGAACUCUAUAAAGAAUAGUCAGCAAAAUUAAAGACCAAGGGAUCUUGAGACGAAGUAAGAAAUACAAAAAGAAGAAGGGGAGAGACUGACUGGACUUGGCUAGUAUAGUUAGUAGUCUUAUUGA